UUUGCAUUUCUCUUUGACUGCCCAUUUUUGAUUUGGUUUCACGUGUUUUGGUUUUUUGCAAGGGAAUUUUGAAUUUUUAUUAAGAAAUGGCUUUAAAACGUCUUAAAACAAAAAAAUCGAAACGUAUUACCGGCCGUCUUAAACACAAAAUUGAAAAAAAGGUACGUGAUCACAACAAGAAAAUACGUCGUGCCGAAAAGAAGAAUCCCAAGAAGGGCAGCAAAAAACAAAAGCUCAUACAAAUUCCCAAUAUAUGUCCCUUCAAGGAAGACAUUUUAAAGGAAGUGGAAGAGGCGAAAAAACGCCAAGAGGAGGAACGGCAAAGGCGAAGAGAGGCUUUUAAAAAUGAGAAGGAUCAGAACCGAUUCAAAAGUCUGGAGGCUUUAGCCGAUGAUGCGGAUAUGCGUGGCACUGUGCAUUCAAUUAUGCAUGAAAACGAUGUUGCCAGUGAAGAGAAACAAUACAAAGGUGCCGAUGCCAAGGAGCAAUCCCUGAAACAAUAUUUCAAAGAAUUCAAAAAGGUCUUGGAAAAUGCCGAUGUAGUCUUGGAAGUUGUUGAUGCUCGUGAUCCCUUGGGAACACGUUGUGUUGAAGUUGAACGUGCUGUUAAAUCAUCGCCAGGAAAUAAACGUCUUGUUUUGAUUUUGAAUAAAGCCGAUUUGGUGCCUAAAGAAAAUUUAAAUGCUUGGCUUAAAUACUUUAGACGUUUGGGCCCAGUUACCGCUUUUAAAGCAUCAACACAAGAUCAAAAUACAAAGCUUGGCAGACGUAAAUUCCAUCAAAUGAAUUCGGAAAAGGCAAUGCAAGGAUCGAUGUGUGUUGGCGCUGAACUGUUAAUGUCUAUGUUGGGUAAUUAUUGUCGCAAUAAGGGUAUCAAGACGUCGAUACGUGUUGGUGUGGUUGGUAUACCAAAUGUCGGCAAAAGUUCCAUAAUCAACUCAUUGACUCGAGGAAAAUCUUGUUCGGUUGGAUGUACACCAGGUGUGACAAGAGCUAUGCAAGAAGUCGAAUUGGAUUCCAAAAUAAAGCUCAUCGAUUGUCCCGGUAUUGUAUUCACAAAUUCAGGAAAGAGUGACAAUAUGCCAGCCGUUUUGAAGAAUGCCCAGCGUGUAGGUGAUGUUAAGGAUCCCUUUACCAUAGCCGAGAGUGUUUUAAAACGUGCCAGCAAAGAAUACUUUUGUAAAUUGUACGAUAUUACGGAAUAUGAAAGUUUUGAGGAAUUCUUCGCCAAAAAAGCUGCUCGUAUGGGUAAAUUUUUGAAAAAGGGCGUACCUGAUGUCGUUGCCGCUGCCCGUAGUGUUCUCAACGAUUGGAACACAGGCAAAAUCAAAUAUUGCACACAACCACCAGAAAUUGUGGAAAAUAAAGAUAUCCAUGUCAGUGCGUGCAUUGUACAUGCCGAGGCCCGUGAAUUUGAUGUUGAUAAUUUUGAGGCAAUGGAAACGGAAAUUCUCAAUAAUUUUGAUGUGAAAAAAGAUGAUGUCAUGGAAAUAACCUCAACCGGACCGGUAGAAUAUAAACCAAUGGAUGAGGACAAAGACGAAGACGAACCAAAUACAAUAAUCGAUGAAACAGAAUCGCAUAGUAAGAGAAAGAAGCGAAAAUUAGAUGAGGGUGAAAGGAGAGAAAAGUCAGAUCCUACCAUGGACUUGGAAGGCAAUCAAACACUUAAUAAAAACCUAAAGGAGCUGCAAAAGAAAAAGAAAAAACAAAAUAUACGCAAUGAAAAGAAAGUCUCUAAAAUUGCCGAUGUUUUAGACAGUUUCAGCAUAAGCAACACACACAGCGAUGAUAAAUACGAUUUCGAUCAAGAUUAUAUCAUUGAAUGAAAUUGAUUAGUUUAUUAGUUGCUUUUAUUGGAUAUAACUUAUAUUUUAUAUACAAAAAUUAUUUUAUUGAAAUUUAUGAGCUUUUUUUUAAUAUGUAUUGCUAAGGUACAUAAGAACUUAAGAAAAUGUUGUGAAAAUAAAAAAAGCCUAUCAGUAGGCUUGUGGUUAAGAAACCAAAUCGAAAAAUAA